AAAGGCAAUGGCAUUGCAUUCGAAAUGAGCGGAACAAGAGCAACGGACUAACGUUACGAUGCUGCAACCACCUCCUUAGAGCUGAGUCACCGACACAGACAAAGAAACAGGCACGAAGCGAAUGCGCAGCAACAAGCCUCGUGUGCUUGUCAACCACAUUUUCCCCUAUCUCCCGAAAUUGCACCUGCCCCUUCAAUCGUCGUUCUUGUUGCGGUAAUGGAGGCCCUGAUCGAGCUAUGCGACCUGAUUGCGCAGAACCCGGUGCAAUUCUCCGACAAGCUAUCGUGGAUAUGCGACAAAUGCCCGCCGCCGGACUACCUGUCGACGGGAUCUCCUAGGGUUUCGCGCUCCCACCUCAAUGCCGUCCUCGCCGUCGCACGCUUCCUCUCAAAAUGUCCCAAUUGCUCCGAUCUGCGCCCUAAAUCCGUCACUCUCGAGUUCCUUCGCUCCAUUUCAUGUUCCUUCACUCAAUCCUUUUGGCCCCAACCCUUCUCCCAAGAUACCGUUGCCUCCUUCUACCUCGAUUUCAUCGCCUAUGUCUCCAAGGCCGCGGAAUUGUCCCCUGGUUUCGCCGACGAGGUUGCUGAAUUCUUCGGGGAGGUGAUCCUCUCGGCGAUCGAUGAUUCCGGCGAACACCACUCUGCCAUUGCUAGGGCCUUCUUGGUCGCGGUGUCACAGAACUUCAUUCCGAUAUCCGAAUCCGAUGCUAAUGCAUUGGCGACUUGUUUGAUCGAGCGGUUUACAGCCUCCAUGGAGGGUGUUUCUGGAAACUCCGAGAGUUCUUCGGCUCAGAGCUCUCCGAUGAAUGUGAACCACAAAAGUCACGGUGGUAGUCCCGGGAGCAACAAUGGUGUGUCGAACGGUGGAAACCAUAUUUGGAGGAGUAAUGCUGAUCAAUUAGCAUUGAAUUUGGGUUUGAAUGAUGGUGGAGGUGGUUCGAGUGGGCAACAAGUUGCUUCCUUUGAGGAGGAGUCUGUGGAAAGCUUGGAAAGACAAGAAAUUGCUUUUAAAGUGAUUGCUCUCUUGUUGGAGAAGCUUCGCGUUGAUGCUGGCCUUUUGGAGCAGGUUAGGUUAAUUGGGAAGAAGCAGAUACAAUCUAUGUCUGUGUUUCUGAAGAUAAGGAAGAGGGAGUGGCAUGAACAGGGUUCACUCCUAAAAGCUAGAAUCAAUACAAAAUUAUUAGUAUAUAAAGCAGCAGUGCGGCUGCAAAUCAAGUGCCUCUCCGUAUUGGAUUCGGAUGCAAGGUCUGUCAAGAGAUUGGUUUACGAAGCUGUUGCGAUAUUGAUAGAUGCUGCUGAGGCAUGCUUACUGUCUGGAUGGCGGAAGUUGAGAACAUGUGAGGACCUCUUCAGUUCCUUGCUUAUGGGGGUAACACAAAUUGCUAUUGCCAGAGGAGGUCAGCCCCUGCGAAUCUUGCUUAUUCGCCUAAAACCGAUUGUUCUCAAUGUUUGUGCUCAGGCUGAUACGUGGAGUAACACCCAAGGGGUCAUGUUUGAGAGUGUCACGAAGGCUAGCUGUCAGAUUAUUGAAUCCUGUUGGAAUAAUGAGCGGGCUCCGGUGGACACAUACAUCAUGGGGUUAGCUGCAAGCAUACGUGAACGCAAUGAUUAUGACGAACAGGACAACAGAGAGAAACCUGGAGUUCCUGUUGUACAGCUUAAUGUUAUACGCCUGUUUGCUGAACUAAGUGUUGUAGUCAACAAGUCUGAGCUGGUAGACGUGAUAUUACCUCUUUUUAUCGAAAGCUUAGAAGAGGGUGAUGCUUCAACUCCAAGUUUAUUGAGACUCCGACUUCUAGAUGCUGUAUCUCAAAUGGCCAGUUUAGGUUUUGAGAAGUCUUACCGUGAGACGGUAGUUUUGAUGACAAGAAGCUACUUGAGUAAACUUACCAGUGUGGGAUCAGUUGAAAGCAAAACAGAGGCAUCUGAAUCUACCACUGAACGAGUUGAAACUUUACCUGCAGGAUUUCUUCGCAUUGCUAAUGGACUUACUAGCGAUAAAUUGCGUUCAGAUUUCCGCCAUCGGUUGCUCUCCCUCUGCUCUGAUGUUGGUUUAGCCGCUGAGUCCAAAAGUGGAAGGAGUGGACCAGAUUUCCUGGGUCCUCUGCUCCCUGCAGUUGCUGUGAUGUGUUCUGAUUUUGAUCCCACACUAAAUGUGGAGCCAUCACUUUUAAAACUGUUUCGUAACCUCUGGUUCUAUGUUGCUCUCUUUGGUCUAGCACCUCCAAUACAAAAGACUCCGCAAGUCACAAAGGCAGUUUCUAGUACCAUGAACAGUGUGGGAAGCAUGGGUACAACUGCUCUUCAAGCCAUAAAUGGACCAUAUAUGUGGAAUGAGGAGUGGUCUUCUGCUGUGCAGCGAAUUGCUCAGGGUACUCCUCCACUAGUUGUUAGCUCAGUGAAAUGGCUUGAGGAUGAGCUGGAACUAAAUGCUCUGCAUAACCCAGGCAGUUGUCGGGGAAGUGGUAAUGAAAAAGCUGCUCUUGUGCAGAGAGCUGCUCUUUCUGCAGCUUUAGGAGGGAGGGUUGAUCUCCCAGCAAUGACCACAAUCUCAGGUGUGAAGGCUACUUAUCUUCUCGCUGUAGCUUCUCUUGAGAUCAUUCGCUUCAGUAGCAAUGGUGGAAUUCUAAAUGGUGGUACCACAAUGGAUGCUGCUAGAAGUGCCUUUACCUGUGUCUUUGAAUAUCUCAAGACUCCAAACCUAAUGCCUGCUGUUUUCCAGUGUUUAACUGCAAUUGUUCACAGGGCCUUCGAAACAGCUGUCUCAUGGCUAGAAGAUCGAGUGUCUGAAAUAGGCCAUGAGGCUGAUGCCCGAGACUCAAUACUUACAGUGCAUACCUGCUUUCUAGUCAAAAGUCUGUCCCAGAGGGAGGAUCAUAUAAGAGAGAUUGCAGAGAACUUGUUAACUCAAAUUAGUGAUAAAUUUCCACAGGUUUUGUGGGAUGCAACCUGCUUAGACUCAAUGCUAUUUUCAUUUCAAGAGGACUCUUCUUCUACUGUCAUCAAUGAUCCUGCUUGGACAACAACAGUCCGUUCCUUAUAUCAGAGAAUUGUUCGCGAAUGGAUAAUUAAAUCACUUGCAAAUGCUCCGUGCACUAGUCAGGGCCUUCUUCAGGAUAAACUUUGUAAAGCAAACACAUGGCAAAGAGCACAACCGACAAUUGAUGUUGUUUUACUUUUGUCUGAGGUACGAAUUGGCACGGGGAAAAGUGACAGCUGGCCAAUACAAAUAGCAAGUAUUCCUGCAGUCGUGGCUGCUGCUGCUGCAGCUUCAGGUGCAAACUUAAGAGCAUCUGAGUCUUUCAAUUUAGAGGUUAUUAAUUCAGGUCAGUGCAACCAGGCUGCAGCAACAGUUAAGUGCAACCAUGCUGGAGAGAUAGCUGGUAUGAGAAGGCUGUAUAACAGCAUGGGUGGGUUUCAAACCAACACUCCUCCUCCUACUGGUUCUGGUUUUGGCCUUGGACUUCAAAGAAUUAUAUCUGGCGCAUUUCCUCAACAACCACUAGCUGAGGAUGACACAUUCAAUGGAAUGUUGCUUGGCAAGUUUGUGCGCCUACUACAACAGUUUGUCAAUGUAGCAGAGAAAGGGGGGGAGGUGGUUAGGUCCGAAUUUCGUGAAACUUGCUCACAGGCUACCGUACUGCUCUUGUCAAAUUUGAGUUCUGGAUCCAAAUCAAACAUGGAGGGCUUCUCGCAACUUCUUCGUCUUCUUUGCUGGUGUCCUGCUUAUAUUUCCACCCAUGAUGCAAUGGAGACUGGUGUUUUCAUUUGGACAUGGUUGGUAUCUGCUGCGCCUCAGCUUGGACCUCUUGUCCUUGCUGAGCUUGUUGAUGCAUGGUUAUGGACAAUCGACACCAAGCGGGGCCUUUUUGCAGCUGGAGAAAGGUAUUCUGGGCCUUAUGCAAAACUGAAGCCUCAUCUAUCCCCUGGGGAGCCUGAAAUGCUGCCAGGGAAUGAUCCUGUUGAGCAGAUAAUCGCUCAUCGAUUGUGGCUUGGCUUUCUAAUUGAUCGAUUUGAGGCAGUUCGGCACCAAAGUGUGGAGCAACUCUUACUUUUUGGUAGGAUGUUGCAGGGGACAACAAAGCUUCCGUGGAAUUUUUCACGGCAUCCUGCUGCCACUGGUGCAUUUUUCACUCUCAUGCUUCUGGGGCUUAAAUAUUGCUCAUGUCAGUUUCAAGGCAAUCUGCAAAAAUUUCAAAUAGGGCUUCAGCUGCUUGAAGAUAGGAUUUAUCGGGCCUCUUUGGGUUGGUUUUCUCAGGAGCCUGAGUGGUAUGAGACAAACUAUACAAAUUUUGCUCAGUGUGAGGCUCUGUCUGUUUCUCUAUUUGUUCAGUAUCUUUCAAAUAUGAAAGCCGAUGCUGUUCAAUUUAGUUCAAAAGGAAAUGGCCAAGAAAAUGUGAGUGACCAAUAUCAUCCUGUUUGGGGCCAAAUGGAGAACUAUGCUGUUGGCAGAGAAAAAAGGAGACAAUUACUGUUAAUGCUAUGUCAACACGAGGCUGAUAGGCUUGAGGUCUGGGCACAGCCAACAAACACAAAGGAAAUUAUUUUGCGACCCAAAAUUAGCUCAGAUAAAUGGAUAGAACAUACCAGAACUGCCUUUUCUGUGGAUCCUAAGAUUGCUUUAUCAUUGGCCUUGAGGUUUCCGACCAAUUCAUCUGUGAAGACUGAAGUAACUCAGCUGGUUCAGGCACAUAUACUGGACGUGCGCAGCAUGCCUGAAGCACUACCUUACUUCAUCACCCCCAAGGCUGUGGAUGAUAAUUCAGUGCUUUUGCAACAAUUGCCUCAUUGGGCUCCUUGUUCUAUUACGCAAGCUCUAGAGUUCCUUUCUCCAGCAUAUAAGGGACAUCCUCGGGUCAUGGCAUAUGUUCUAAGGGUUCUAGAAUCCUAUCCUCCUGAACGAGUAACCUUUUUUAUGCCGCAGUUGGUGCAGUCUUUGCGACAUGAUGAUGGGAAAUUAGUAGAAGGGUAUUUGCUUAGAGCUGCCCAAAGAAGUGACAUUUUCGCCCAUAUUCUUAUUUGGCAUUUACAGGGUGAGACUGUGCCUGAGCCAGGAAAUAAUCCUACCAGUGGGAAGAAUGGAUCAUUCCUAGAGCUGCUGCCUGCCGUAAGGCAACGUAUAAUUGAUGGUUUCAGUCCAAAAGCUCUAGACAUUUUUACAAGAGAGUUUGAUUUCUUUGACAAGGUUACAUCCAUAUCCGGUGUACUAUUUCCACUCCCUAAGGAAGAACGCCGAGCUGGUAUCCGAAGGGAAUUGGAGAAAAUUGAAUUGAACGGUGAAGACCUUUAUCUACCAACCGCUCCUAACAAGCUUGUUGUGGGUAUUCGAGUAGAUAGUGGUAUCCCAUUACAGUCGGCUGCAAAAGUCCCAAUCAUGAUAACAUUUAAUGUAGUUGAUCGAGAUGGGGACAGAAAUGAUGUAAAGCCACAAGCUUGCAUUUUUAAGGUUGGAGAUGAUUGCAGACAAGAUGUUCUUGCCCUUCAAGUAAUAGCGCUUCUUAGAGAUAUAUUUCAAGCUGUUGGAUUAAAUCUUUAUCUGUUUCCUUAUGGUGUUCUCCCUACUGGUCCAGAGAGAGGUAUAAUAGAGGUUGUGCCUAAUACACGCAGUAGAAGUCAGAUGGGAGAAACAACCGAUGGGGGUUUGCUUGAGAUAUUUCAGCAAGAUUAUGGGCCUGUUGGAUCUUCCAGUUUUGAGGCUGCACGCCAGAACUUUAUCAUUAGCAGUGCUGGUUAUGCUGUUGCUAGUCUUUUGCUUCAACCAAAGGAUAGGCAUAAUGGGAAUCUUCUCUUCGACAAUGUUGGUAGGCUAGUCCAUAUCGACUUUGGUUUCAUCCUGGAAACUUCCCCCGGUGGGAAUAUGCGCUUCGAGAGUGCACAUUUUAAGCUGAGCCAUGAGAUGACACAAUUACUAGACCCAUCAGGUGUUAUGAAGAGUGAUACGUGGACCCAGUUUUUAAGUCUAUGUGUAAAGGGAUACCUAGCUGCACGUCGUCAUAUGGAGGGGAUCAUUACUACGGUGGCAUUGAUGCUAGACAGCGGGUUACCCUGCUUCAGCAGGGGUGACCCGAUUGGCAAUCUGCGAAAGAGAUUUCAUCCAGAGAUGAGUGAGCGUGAGGCAGCCAAUUUCAUGACCCAUGUCUGUAAAGAUGCUUAUAACAAGUGGACUACUGCUGGCUAUGACUUGAUACAGUACCUCCAGCAAGGCAUUGAGAAGUGAUGAUAACAUAAUAUAGAAUUGACCUAACGUGUACAUGCUUGCUUGUAAUUUAUUUUACAUUCAUUGUUGUCUUGUGCUUUUAUUUUUCCUUUUUGAGGAAUUUUCAUGGUUAUAGUAUUCAGAAGGAAUAGUAUAAAAUGGCAGGUGAAGGUUUCUUGUUUUCGUUUUUCUCCUUGUUUCUUGUUUCUUUUUUUGCCGGUUUUGUUGUGAUGUAAAAUACAGCUUUGUAAUCUUGUUUAUUAAUGGUAAAUACGAUUCAUUGUAUUGGCGAA